AUGGGUUUAAUUGUGGUGGAUAAGAUCAUUGGUGUGACAAACACAACUGCAGUGGGGAACAGGGGCACGAAGUGCGCACCCCAUGAAAAAUUAAGAAAAACCUAUGCCUGUUAUUUAUCAACUUCGACUAGUCCAGUGAGUGGAACCCUCUUCAUUUCAAUGCAUAAUGUUUCAUUCUGCAGUGACCGCCCACUUUCCUUGCUUCUUUCCUCAAGGAAAAAGCAUUGGGCUUACUACAAAGUGGCGAUACCAGUGGCGAAGGUGAAGGCUGUGGAAUUGUCAGUGAGCAUGGAUGAUCCUGCAAAAAAGUAUAUUGAGGUGGUAACUAUGGACGAUCAUGAGUUCUGGUUUAUGGGAUUCAUUAAGUACCACAAAGCUCUGAAUAGCCUGAGUUACAAUCUUUCAUUACUGGAUGAUGUUUCCUGA